CGCAUUCAGUCUAUCGCCGGCUUUGAGCCUGUCGUGACGUGUUUCGUGUCCUCCGUUGUUUUCGUCGGAUUCGGUUCUAUCUUACGGACGGACCUUCACCAGUGAAUCGGUUCAAUAACAAACACACAGUUUUGUGUAGUUUAUUUUUUCUCCCUCCUUGUUUCAAAUAUUUUGAACUGUGUAUGGUGAUCAGUGUUUUGUCGGAAAAUAGCAACAUUACUUCACGGAGCAAAGUUUUGGAUUUUCACGUGUCUAUGAAGUAAUGGUCGACAAUGAGAGGGAAAUUGGUCCUUAUGACCUAUCAUGGGUUGACUCUUCUCGCUCUCUGCUUCAGAGCAGUUACUGCUCUGGACCCUGGAACAUGUAACAUUGCUCUUGGAAUGGAAUCUGGCAGAAUUCCUGAUGAUGACAUCACUGCCAGUUCUUCCUUCGAUAGCGGCAAUGUUGGACCAAGGCAUGCCAGGGUCCGCACAGAAGUGGGAGGAGGCGCCUGGUGUCCGAAGAUGCAGGUGACAGCCGAGCCGAAGGAGUGGCUGGAGGUGGACCUGCACUCGGUGAGGGUGAUCACGGCGGUGGAGACGCAGGGCCGCUUCGGCAAUGGCCAGGGCCAGGAGUAUGCCGAGGCCUACCUCCUCGAGUACUGGCGACCACGGCUUGGCAAGUGGGUGCGCUAUCAUGACAACAAGGGCCAAGAGGUGAUGACGGGUAACACGAACACCUACUUGGAAGCCAGGCAAAAACUGGACCCGCCAAUCUGGGCUUCAAGAGUGCGAUUCCUGCCCUACAGCUACCACAUGAGAACUGUCUGCAUGAGGGUUGAGCUCUAUGGAUGCCCUUGGACUGAGGGCGUGGUGAGCUACUCAAUGCCCCAGGGCGACAAGCGGGGCUCCGGCUGGGAGUUCUUUGAUGCCACCUACGAUGGUCACUGGGAUGUCGACCUACAGCGGGGACUGGGCCAGCUCACUGAUGGCAAAUUCGGACCCGACAGCUUCAAAAACGCCUAUUACGAUUACCACAGGAGUCAGGGUUGGGUGGGUUGGCGCAAUGACAGUCGGAAAGGGAAGCCACUCGAGAUCACGUUCGAGUUUGACCAAGUGAGAGAGUUCACCGCCAUCCAUCUUUAUUGCAACAACGAGUUCACAAGUGAAGUGCAGGUAUUCUCUGAAAUCCAGAUAAUGUUCAGCAUAGGCGGCAAGAUCUACUCGGGGAAUCCUAUUUCGUUCAUGUACAUGGAGGACCGAAUAUUCGAGCACUCGAGGAAUGUGUCCAUCAAACUGCAUCACCGCGUCGGCAAGUACGUCAAGCUGAGAAUGCAGUUUGCUGCCAAGUGGAUCAUGAUCAGCGAAGUCACCUUUGAUUCUGUGGUGGCUGGAGGAAAUUUUACUGUUGAGUCUGAAGAAGUGACUACUCGACCAGUGGAGGAAAACAAGGCUCCAGUGGCACCAGCUGUCGACGUUCCUUUUUCGACAGCCAGACAGGAAGAUCAAACGGUGAUGGCGGUGAUUAUCGGUGUCCUCCUAGCGGUGGCCAUCUUGCUGGGAGUAGCCAUGCUGGUGAUUGUGCUUCGGCAACGUCAGCGCAAAUGGCUAGGUAGCCCUCUGGCAGCCAAAGGGCCUCUCAUCACCUCGGGCAGUCCUCUGCCGGGCAAGGGCCCUUUUCUGCCUUCCGGGAGCCCUCUACCAUCGAAGGGCUCCUCGAUCAUCACGCCGGCCGGCACCACAGCUCGGGAUAAGGCCACCUCUACACCGGACACGGCGCUCCUAUUGGACCUUCCUCUCGACGAAUACCAGGAGCCGCUGCAUCACUACUGCUACAGUAGUCUGCUCAGGGAUAAGACCAUCCAACCAAGUGAUGUGAGCCACGAGUACGCCGUGCCUGAGGUUGGCAACAACUCAGCCGGCUCCACUCUGCUGAUCAAACCCCAAGUGCCUCCCCCCUCUCUGCCACCCGCCAGGGGAACCGCUCCCAAAACUAUCAAGCCCCCGAACCAGCAGGACGUGCUGAGUGCCCUGCGCCGGAGAUUAGAGACGAACGUUGUCCCCGAGUUCCCCAGACAUCGCGUCCGCAUGCUUUCCAAACUUGGCGAGGGCGCUUUCAGAGCGGUGUACGUUGCGGAAGCCGAUGGGAUCAGUGACUAUGGAGGAUCAUCGUCAUCCAAUGGCAAAAAGCUGGUGGCUGUCAAGUCGCUGUUGCACACAGCAUCUGAGGCUGACAGAAUGAGUUUCGAGAAGGACGUUCACAUCCUGGGUGCCCUGGAAGACGAGAAUAUCGCCAGGGUGCUGGGGGUUUGCUCCAAGGAGGAGCCUCUCUGCGUCAUCAUGGAGUACCUGCCUCAGGGCGAGUUGUGUCGAUUCCUGCGCGCGCAUGCUCUUAUGCCAGGCGACCGCACUCUGCCUGUCGGCCACAAAACGCUCAGCUUCAACUGCCUCCUGUACAUGGCAACUCAAAUAGCCUCCGGCAUGCGCUAUCUCGAGUCGCUAAACUUCGUUCACAGGGAUCUAGCUGCAAGAAAUUGCCUGGUUGGAAAAGCAUAUCAAAUAAAAAUCUCCGACCUCGGUGCAGAUAACGAUGAAUACGCCGGUGAUUACUACAAAAUGGACAACGGUGUUCUACUUCCCAUCAGAUGGAUGGCCUGGGAAUCGAUUCGCUUGGGCCGAUACACAACGAAGAGCGACGUGUGGUCGUUCGGGGUGACGCUGUGGGAGAUCCUGCAGCUGUGCCGGCAGACACCCUACCAGGGCCUCAGUGACGAGGAAGUGGUGCAGAGUUUGGCCCACCUCCACGACGAUGACGGCCUCUUCACCUUCCUACACCGCCCCUCCGCCGCCUCCAAGGACAUCGCCGACCUCAUAGCCGAGUGUUGGAGGCGGCAGGCUGCAGAGAGACCAUCCUUCCGCGAGAUUCAUCUCUUCCUCCAGCGCAAGAACCUCGGAUUCAAUCCACUCACGUGAAAAUCGAAUGCAAGAUAGUGAUCGUGAAGAAAAUCAAUUGUGGUCGACUGAGAUAAGAUUGCUGGGAUAGUAGUGAUAUUCGCAAUACGAGUGUUAUCUUCGAUCUUGUUACUUGCAAAUUACAACGAUAAAAACGGACUCAAAUAGUGAUCGCAAGUGGUGUGGUAUUCUGCAACUCAAUUGAUGCGGCAUACAUACGGCGUGAUAGUGCGUUCUGAAAAAAAGAAGUGUUGGUAAAACAUUUAUGAUUCAUGUUGAAAUUGUGGUAAAUGAUAAGCUACACAGUAGCAAUACGAUCUACAGGAAAGUACUAAUGUUUAUUUAAUUAUAUAUACUUAGUUUAUGUGAGAAAAUUCCUCGAGGAUAACGUUUUAAUUAUUUUGAUUAUUGAACUUUGUGUUGAAGUAUUGAUGAUUUGUGUUUAAACAGGAGCCGAUGAUUUUCUAAGGAGAUAUAUUUUGACUAUUUUAAAAUUAAAUAUCAUUAUUAUUGCAACAGACUGAAUAUUGUAUUAGUUUGAUACGGUACCUUUCCUGUUCUGGUCAUAACUUGGAAGCAUCGUCAAUGAAUUGAUUACGUAUAUGGGAGGAAUUCUUAUUAAUUUGAAAUAUGAUGGGAUUAGUUCUGAAGAAUAGCUAAUACUAUUAUUUAAAAAUAUUAUUUUGAUUCAUUCAAUCAAUCCAUGGAAAAUAUUCAUUUUGUUUGGGAAUGUAAUUCAGUGUUCAAAGUGAUUAUGAUCAUUGGUGUGAAGCAAUAAUUUGUUAUAAUUGAUAAAUUCUUUUCAUAAAUGUGUUGAUUGUUUCAAUCAACAUGUUCAGUUAAAUUAUGAUUUGAAAAGUUCCAACAAUUUCUAUUUGAAUAAAUUCAUGAGAGAAGAGUAACUUAUUUUGAAUGGAACGGAGAUGUGUUAUUUGCUACACGGAAAAGUAUCUAUUGUUUCGUCAACAUCGAAUUUAUCUAUGCUUCACAUAUUAGAUAGACUACAGUGGUUUUGAAACUUUUGCGAGCUGUGAAGUUGUUUUAACUAUUUAUUGUUUAGUAGAGAUUUGAUUAUUUAUCUUGAGUUCUUGUUAUUCUGCAAUUUAUUGAUUAAAAUAGUUAUUGAAAAAAUGAGAAAUAUUCAAUAAAAUCCUGCCCUGGAAACAAUAUUUGUUCAGCUAUUGAAAAAGUACAUCGAGCACAAUCUUAGACAUCGAACAAAUUUUUACUUUCGUGAUUUCUAUUUCUGUAAUGCUUUAAGGGAACUACUAAGUUCAAUUUCAAGCAUUAUAUUUUGAUAGGAGCUUUCAGUGUUCAGAUGGCUUUUCCUCUAGACCUCUUUUCAAAAGAGAUAGGUCGAAGAGUAUCGGCACAAAAAUUGAUUGAUUUGUGCAUUUCACACAUUUAGGCUUUUCUUACAUCGAAUAUUUGCUAUUUUGACAAAUUCAGUAAUGCCAUUCAAAAAAUCUUAUGAAAAUGUAGUUUUCAUUAACGAUUAGUGGGACAAUUUUGUUCCAAAAUAGAUUCAAGUAGCUGGAGAGUAGAGAGAAUAGUUUUCCUACACACUGCCAUAUUUAUCACUACCUAGUUUUAGGCUAGAUAAAUGAGAAUUUUUCGAAAAUAAUUGAAAAACACGGUAGAUAGUUUCAUAACGAGGUAGUUCUCAUGGAAUUUAGAGAAAUUUCAGACACAUUGCUUUUCUAGCAAAGGUUCAUCAGUUUAUGAUUAUUUAUUGUAUUAUUAAAAUUGAGAGUGCGUUUGUACACAAUCAGUUAUGUAAAAUAUGAAAUGAAUAGGCUAAUUUUAAGAAACACUAAUUAUUGAUAAUAAUUUCACUAGUAUUAAUUCGUGCAAGCUGAUAAACUUCAAGAAUCUUCCUAUGUCUAAUAUCGUCAAUAAUUCUUCAAAUUUCAAUGAAACUUCACAAACUCUAUACGAUAUUUCAACCCUCAGUAUAGCAAAUUAAAAUUGAAAAUUAUUACAGAACACCUUAUUCUAACCUGAAAACUUGUAAUUCUGACAGAUAAUUACCAUUUUAGGGAGCUUUCAUCCUGUUUAACCAUUUUUUCUACUAUUCAGGAUUUGUACCCUAUGACAAUAAAACUUUUAACAUUUGAAGAGUCUAUCGAAUUCUUUCUUAUAAGCUAUCCAACUAUUUUUCUACCACAAUAGUAUAAGUUUAGCCAGUUGUUUCAUACCUUGUACCAUAAGCUUCAUAUCUACAAUCUACUCUGUAAUAUUUUUACAAAAUAUUAAUAAAAGUGCAGUAGUAUAAUGGAAAUGGUAGUUGUAUAUAAUUAACACGAUUUAUUUGUCUUCGUUUGUUGUAUCAUAGUGUCGUGAUAAGACUGCAAAUUCUUCUAUUGCUAAUAUAUCAAGUCUUCAUUAUCAAAAAGAAAAAAAUGUUUGGAUACGUUAAAUUGUUUCUGUUUGUCUUAUUUAUUAUUGUUUAUUACCAUUCAAUUGAAACAAGAAAUAUGAUGAAUACUCUUCUAUUCAAAUCUGAGAUAAGAACUCUCUAUUGAACCAAACCAUAGCAUUCUAUAUUUCAAUUUUUAACUUAGUUUAGUAUUUUGAUCUCAUUACACUAUCAUUUCUUAUCCAUCAAGAAUUCCAUGUAUAAUAUGGAUUGUAAUUAGGUCUCAUUCAUAACACUGUUUGAUAAUAUUUUUAUUUUAUUAAUUCGCGAUAUGUAUAAAAGUAUAUCUAGGGGAUUGUCGUGACUUGAAAAACAUUGACUGCAGUAUUUCUACGAUUCAAAUAACACGUAUUACUAUAAAAACUGUAAUUAUUCAGUUGUGAAUAGUGUAGGAAUAGCAAUAAUCGGGAUCAAAAUGUUUUUGAUGAUGAAAAAUCUUGUAUAUUAUUAUUAAAAUUUAUAGAUUAGAAAAGAUAAUAAUAGUACUGUACACUUCUUGUUAUAGUCGAAUGUGUAAAUUGUAUAUAAGAGUGUAAAUUGAUUGCAAUGUAAAUCUUCUAAUGCAUGUAAAUACUAUUAUGUGAAAUUGUAGCUAAGUGACAAAAUAAAUGUAUGUCAUAUCCAUAACAUUCUGGAAAAUAAAGUGUAUGACAUUUCUAGUUA